GGAUUCAAAGUGACAUUGUAAGAUACUGCUGCUCUUUUCUGUUGGUAGUUGUUUUUGCAGUGCCGCCUCACUGCCUCGGCUGUUCAACGCCUUUGUAUAUAACAGACUGAACUGUGAAAAACAAACAAAAAAAAGAGGGAAAAGAUGAUAUCUUUACAUCUUAUCCCCCAAUUACCAUUCCUCCAAAACCCUAAUUUCACAACCCCCAAAUCUUCAAUUAUCGCCCAACCCCACCAUUUUUCUGCCCUCAACUUCAAACCCACGUCAAGAAACCUCAAAUUAAACCAACCCCACAUCAAAUCUUUGUUAAAGAUUCAAUCUUUUUUAAAGUCUAAGCACUUCAACUACAAAGAUUGUAACUUUCAUAGACUACAAUGUAAUGGGUAUAAAGAUUCUUUGGGGGAUGUUAAGGUGGGCCCGGAUUUGGUGGAUAGUGGUGGUGGGGGUGGUGGAGGAGGUGGAGAUGGUGGUGGUGAUGGUGGAGAUGAGGAGGAGAAAAAAGGGUUGUUGCCAGAAUGGGUUGAUUUUACUUCAGAUGAUGCAAAGACUGUUUUGGCAGCUCUUGUGGUGUCUUUUGCAUUCCGGGCUUUUGUGGCCGAGCCUCGAUACAUUCCUUCAUUGUCUAUGUAUCCUACAUUUGAUGUUGGAGACCGACUUGUUGCGGAAAAAGUCAGUUACUACUUUAGGAAGCCUUGCCCAAAUGAUAUUGUGAUAUUUAAAGCUCCUCCUGUCCUUCAAGAAGCAGGAUAUACUGAUGAGGAUGUUUUCAUUAAACGAAUUGUUGCAAAGGCAGGUGAUGUUGUGGAGGUUCAUGAAGGGAAGGUAAUUGUUAAUGGAGUUGCCAGGAAGGAAGAUUUCAUUCUGGAAGCACCAAAAUAUGAAAUGACACCAGUUCACGUGCCAGAAAAUUCAGUUUUUGUGAUGGGUGAUAACCGUAACAACAGCUAUGACUCACAUGUGUGGGGUCCGUUGCCAUCUAAAAACAUAUUAGGAAGAUCAGUAUUUAAAUACUGGCCCCCGGCUAGGAUUGGUGGCACAGUACUUCCAGAGAGUUGCGUCGUUGACAAGCAGGAAAGCAAUUUAGCAUCUCAACAAUGAGAUAAAGACUAUUUUUAGGGUCUGUUGUUAAUAAAUUAUAUUUCCUCAUAUAUUGUACUCAAUUCUUCCCUGCUUCCGAACACAUUAUUUACAGCUGUUGUGCUCAUCAAUUCGUCGAGCUGUAUUAUUGUAAUUGUAUCAUUGAUCAAUUUAUGUGAAAGUCGAGAAAAUUUUGGGGUCUUGCUCUUAA